AUGUCAUCUGAGUGUCGAGGUAAGAAUAGAUGGCCUGAACUUCUGGGAGCUCAGGGUACAGUUGCAGAGGCAAAAAUUGAGAGGGAGAAUCCUUCGGUUGAUGCUCAGAUCGUGCCAGAAGGGUCGGUUGUCACUGCUGAUUUCCGGUGCGAUAGGGUUCGUGUUUGGGUCGAUACUGAUGGCAUUGUUACAAGGGUCCCUAUUAUUGGUUAG